UUUCAAUAUCCAUUCUCAGUUUGUCCCAUGGCCUUAUCUCUUUCGCCUGCCCAAAGUCUUUGGCUUUCAUCACCCACCUUGUCCUCUGGAAGCCGUGCGGAACCCUUGCGCGCGCACCGCGCCUCCUCGCCGGCGCACCGCGCUUCACGCGGUCGGAGCCUCGGGCUCGGUGCGGCCGCCGCCGCGGGUGCCGCGCGGCACGGCCGUCGGCUGGGCCGAAGGGCGACCCAUGCCAGUGUGAGCACGUACCGGAAGAGGGAGGAGAAGCGGGAGCUGCGGCGGCGCUGGUUGGCGGGGAUCGAGCAAGAGGAGGAAGAGGAGGAGAAGGAGUUGGAGGUGCCCAGUGGUGUUGCGCCUGUCUUCCCUUCCGUUGAAGAGGCGUCCGGCUCGCGGCCCGGCGGCGAACCAAGAGCCUCGGAGGACAACGAGCCAUUGGAUUGGGCGAAUCCAGGGCUCAACGUCUUGGAGAGGGCCAGACUCGCUGCAGAAGACUGGGGCGGAUGGGAUCAAGGCACUGAUCCUGCAGCCCAGCUUGGGGUUAAGGAGAUGAUUCCGCUGCCCAGAGCCUUCCGGAUUCGUUUGUCCGAAGCUUUUGUGCCCAAGUCCAUUAAGGACUUCAUUGAGCUGCACCAGCUGGGGAACCGGAAGUUGCCGAAGCUCAAGCGAGGUGAGAGGCGCCCGGCCAUCUUUGCGGGCUCGGACCCGGCACACGACGGCCGACAAGGCUCCGUGGAUGAUGGCCGAAGUGACACGUUGGGCCGCAUGGCCAUCGCCGUGCACAAGGGUUUCCUGCGCCAGCGCGCUCGGUGCCACCCCAACGGCGAAGAAGCUCCGUCGCCCGAGCGGCCAGAAGUGGCGUUCAUCGGAGCGUCCAACGUGGGGAAGUCCUCGCUGAUGAACGCACUCACAAGGACGCAGCAACUGGCGCCUGCGAAGGAUGACCCUGGCGUCACCCGGAGCAUUGACUGGUACAAGUGCAGCCGCUUGCCAGUCGACGUCAUUGAUUUGCCGGGCUAUGGAUAUGCCAAGGGUGCGCAGUACGGGCCAUUGGUGGCAGAUUUUGUGAAACGCCGGAAGUCUUUGCGGAUUUUAUACUGCUUGGUGGAUGCUCGAACAGGGAUUCGACCUUCUGACUGGAAUUUCUAUGCCUCCCUGGGCGAUGAUGGACCAGAGAAGAUCUUCAUCCUCACGAAGUGUGACAUGGUGGUCCCUAAGAUGCUGGGCAAAGUGGCGACGCUGGUCCUGGAAGAUAUCCGAAGUGUACCUCGUUCCAGCCAGCGGUUGAUCAUGGUCUCUGCUCGAAUGGGUCAGGGGAUGCACGACUUGCGGUGCCACUUGUGUUCCCGGGCAGUGUCCAUGGUGCAAGAGGUGAAGAGGCGGCAAAGUGAGCUCAAUGAACGCUUAAGAUCCGUGUGACGUGAGGAGAGAAAAAGAGCCUUGCAGAGGGUGGCAUGUGGAGUGAAGGUGAUGUGUUGG